AUGAGUUUUUUUCCCAUAAGUCAAGGUUUGAUUUCCUCUCUGCCAAUCUUCUCUUUUUCCAUGCUCCGCCUACUACUUUUUCACCGUUUUUUUUCAAUUUUUCUAUUUUCAGCACCAAGGAAUGGCAAGAUGAGUGAUCUGGAGACUUGUGAAUAUGAUAAGGCAUACGGCCCAAAUGCAAUUCCAGCUGUUAACUGCUCGGAUCUCAUACAUACCGUAUACGAUGGAUAUACGAAGACAUGUGUCACGGCACAGAUUAUACAGUUUGAGGACCAGGUUUUUUGGGGUCCCAAUUUUUUUUCGAAUUUUUCAAAAUUUUGA